AUGCAAGUAAGUAAAUAUUCAAGUCUUUACUUGAAUUUACAGAAUCCAUCAAUCGGUAUAAAAAUUAGAUCGUUCACUAUCAUUGUAAAAGACGAGGUCUCUACAAUUUACAGCAAAACACUAUCGAAGAAUUAUUUUGAAGAUGAUGAAGACGAAAUCGAUUUUCUUGAAGACUUCACGAACAAAUUACCACCAUCCGUUAAAUAUCCAUUAGUCAUCACCUGUAGUUCUGUCGACUGGAAUGCUGUUGAUGAGUGUAAACAUUCAGAGAACUUAUCACUGACGAAUAAUUUGCGAGAGCUUUCCUUGCAUUUUAAAAAAGUUCUGGAUGAAACCAUUUACUCGGACAUCGUUCUUAAUGUGGAUGGAGACAAAAUCAAAGCUCAUAAAUUGAUAUUACAAGCUCGUUCCCCUGUCUUCCAAAAGAUGUUCACUCAUGAAGCCGCGGAGAAUCCGAUUGCUAUCUCAGACAUUGGAUCAGAAACAAUGAAGAGGCUUCUCAAUUUUAUCUACACUGGUACAACGGAUGAAUAUGGCUUUGAAGAACUUUUGGAAUUGUACUAUGCCGCUGACAAAUAUGAAGUGAUUUCUUUACGAGAUAGUUGCAAAACAAAAUUGCUAGACCUUCUUCAAGUGGAUAAUGCGUGCGUCUUAUUUGUCUUAGCAAACAGACACAGUGACGAAGCUUUCAAAAAUAAAGUGGCGCAAUUCAUAAGUGCGAAUUUUAAAUCAGUGGUCAAAACAGAAUCUAUUGAUGAACUGAGUAAAGAUGACAUGAAAUUUCUCAUGCGUUUGUGUGCGGAUGCUAUGGAAAAGUGA